UUAACAGAAAUUUUACCGAAAUUUCAUUAAUUUUUAUUCUGGGGCAGCUGUGAGUUGCAGAAUGGCCUGCGGUGCAUUUCAACCUUGCCUCAUCAAUGAGAAGCCAAUUUGCGUAAUACACGAAGACUGCAGUUUUACAUUAUACAACAAAUGCUUAUUGCAGUUGCAUAAACAGUUUCUUAUAAAUGAGGGAAAACAACCUUUUAAGACAUUUAUAACAGGAUCUUGCCCUAAGGAUUCUAAACUGUGCCCUUACAAUACAUAUUUACCAGGCCUAACGUUUGGAUGAUCAAGCUUUAAUAAAUAUUCUUCAAUCAUUAUUUGUAAGAUACUUAA